AUGGGCUCUUUCGAUCUUUGAAGUUAUUGACAACCUCAUCAAACAUUCUAUUUCUCCUGAUCAUCAUAUAUUUGCAUUAGGCUUUGGGGCUAAUUGUGGUGAGGAAUUAUUUGAUAUCAUACGAACUCUUAAACAGAUUCCAAAUCAAGAAACUGCUGUUGAAGGACGUGCCACACCUGAUCACAUAAACCAGAUUUUCGAUAUAUUAGAGGGGGCCGGCGCACGUACAAUUCGCCAAUGGGUACCACUAGAAGUUGUCAGCAAAGCAUUAUCUGAUAAUUUAGCUGUCGGGUUUUUGAAAAAGUUUAAAUCUGACCAAUCGUUUCUUAAAGAAUUCGUCGAGCAAGCUCUACCACCGGCUUGCCGCGACUGGCCUGAACUGGGACUAGGUCACUAUUUAAUGCUAGGUGGUAUUGCUGUGAUUGCUAGGAUUCCUCUACUCGCGACAGUAGGUUUAGGGUUAGCUUUAAAGUUUGGGCCAAGAGCAGGGAAAAAAGUGUAUUCCUCGGUGAUGACUCGGUAUUAUAAAGGGGCUACUGUAGACGACGUCACAGAAGUAGUGGAAAAGGUCAAAGGCCAUUUGCUCAUAAACGUAAAUGAAGAAUCCAUUUUCAGAGUUCAAGAUGCCUCAGAUGUUGUGCGUGGGUGCCUCAAAAAACUCUUUAGAACAAGCAGUAGGGAAUUAUUGCAGAUGGUCGAGCCCUACAUUUAUGGCAGAACGCCUUUUUAUCAAUCGAUUGAAAAGGCGAUAAAACUUUUCCAAGCGUCUAGGUUUUCCAGUCACAAAAAGCUGCUCUACAUCUUCUCAAGGGGGGAGCCCUCAGAUGGAGAGAGUACUGAUGCUGCAAGGAUAGAUCGAUUGGUCUGUGAAUUAGCCACAGCAGGUGUGACCGUAGUGAGCUGCUUUGUCAGUGACUCCGCACAGAUUGAACCCAAACGACUGUUCAGCAAAAUGAGAGAAGACUGGAACCCAGGUGCAAAAUUAAUGUUCUCAUUGAGCUCAAAAUUGCGAACGCAAUCGAUACCACGUAAAUUCUUUGUUAAACGUGGUUGGUUCAUCGAAUUCACUGACAACGAAACUCACCUGUUCCUUCAGUUCAAUCAUCCAGACAACUGGCAAGAGAUCAGCGAGGUGGCUGGAAAUGUCAUUUGUUGUCAAGACGCGUUUUCCGACUUCCUUGCCUCUCUCGAUUUAGACCUCUAUAUCAACCAAGAGGUAAUGGGGUAUGAAGCAAAAAUGAGACAAAAAGGGCCAACUAGCUCUGCGAAUGCAGCUGCUACAGUACUCUAUUUAUCCAUGAGACGAAUUCUUGGACGCGAAGGCGGAUAUCCAAAUUUUUACAAAUUAAGAGAAGAAAUUAUCAAACGAUUUCAUUGGUCAACCGGUUUUCACACCCUCCAAGUGCUACAGGAAAUGUGCGAGAAGUACCGCCUGCAUUGCAAGCAAGUUGACCUCGAGGGAGCCAUGAAAGCAGUUAUUUCAAGCCGGCCAGUAGUGGCGAGUGUUAGGCUCACUGAACUUGAAUGGAAAAGAUUUUCAAACUUCUUUCGAAGAAACCCAAAAGGCGUUUUGACGAAGAAGGAGAUUGAUAUAACAGUCCGUCUUCCCAAUGCUCCUACCAUUGGUCUUGCAGUUGUGUUAACCAGUUUCGACAGCAAAUGUCUACACCUGCUGAAUUCUUGGGGAGAAACAUGGGGAGACAUGGGAUACUUUAGAGUGCAAAACCCAGAUGUUCUUGCUUUGGAAUUCAUCGACGUUUACUGGACAAAAGAAGAUUUGACAGAAGUAGAAAAAAUCCGUUACGAGGAACGUGGAUCCGACAUUGCCAAAAUAUUAAAGAGCUCCUGUGUGGGUAUUUCUGACAAAAUUGAAGUUGCGACGAUCGACCUUGACGAAAAUACGAUCUUAGACAUUAAAGCCACGAUGAAGAAGUUUGACCAUUUUGGUCAAGGUUGACAAGUUUAGUCGUGCAGUGAGAGCAAAGAAACCUAUUAACUAACAAUGUCAUUCACGUUUCCUUUGCUUCCCAAAUCUAUGCUUUUGUCUCGUUUCCUCCGUCGUCGUGGUUGCUCACGCUCGUAGCAGCGCUACCACGCAAAGCAGCUCUUGAUACGAUGCAAGCGACGAUUUCGUUGAAAAACUGACGAUUUGAGGGGAAACGCGCGACAAACGCCACAUCUGCAGAUACCCAAGUAGUGAUGAAGGUACUGAAUUAACCCCUUUUUGUGGGGGAGUGCAUUAACGACCGAUAACGUCACUGCCUUUUUUCUUUAUCUCAUGAAUAAAAUGCGGAGGAAUCUCAUUACCUCCCAUCUUUUGUAUUCUUAAUACAAUAGGAACAAUAGACUCACGUAGCCUAGACCGAUUUUAACCUGUUUGUAAUGUCCUAGUCUAUUUAACCGGUUUGAAAGGUUUUUAGCUAUUUUUAAAUGUAUGGUGUCAUAGUCUAUUUAAAAGUAUGUGUCAUAUUUAUUUGGGUAUGAUCUCAUAGUUUAUUUGAAUAGGGUAUAAGGGUAUAUCCUUUUUUCGGUAUGUCAUAGUUUAUUUGUAUUGGUCAUGUGCUUAUUUGGAUAUGAUAUAUCCGAAUUUCAUUUUAAUUGGUGGACAAGAAUCAAGUUGGUUGUUUGCCGGUAUUUUUUUAAUGUCCUUAAAACAUUAAACCCGC